AUGAAGGUCUCUAACAACUUCGCCGUUGCGGCUGCCUUCUUUCUGUCUGUUGUUCAGGCACAAUGUCCAGAUUACUCUCAGUAUUCAACAUCACAACAUCCGCCUCUCAGCAGUGGAAGAUAUGCUCUUUCAUGGAUGCGUCCGGAGCCCGCAUGUCGGACCUUCAACUCCUCGAUUGUUGAGCAAACCAUCAACGAUAUGAACCACAUAAUCGCAGACCCUGAUCUCUACCGCAUAUUCUCAAAUUCGUUCCCAAAUUCUUUGGAUACGGCUGUCAAGUGGAGAGGCUAUGCUGCGGAUAAUUCGGAAGAGGAAUUGACAUUCUUGAUUACGGGAGAUAUCGAUGCCAUGUGGCUACGAGACUCUGCAAACCAGAUGCAAAGUUAUCGGACAUUGUUGACCAAUGAUUCAUCUCACGAUUCUCUUGCCAGUCUCUACCGAGGUGUCAUCAACCUUCAAGCUCGAUACAUCAUUGAAGCACCAUACUGCAACUCUUUUCAAGCCCCAACCGAAAGUGGAAUUACCCCUCAACAAAACCAGGCAAACCCAGAUAACUUUUCCCCUCCAGAAUCCACCAGCAUUGUCUUCGAGUGCAAGUAUGAACUGGACUCUUUGGCGGCAUUUUUGGAGAUCUCGACCGACUACUAUGAAGCUACGGGGGAUAUUUCGGUCUUCCAGAAGUUCAACUGGGUCAAAGCUAUUGAGACUAUAAUCUCUACAACCGAAGCUCUCUUGAUCGGGACUUAUGCUGCAAACGGCAGCGUUAAUACGAGCCCAUACACGUGGCAAAGACAAACCACCAGUUCAACGGAAACUCUAAGCAAUUCUGGAGCUGGAAAUCCUGUACAAGAGGGUACUGGCCUGGUGCGAUCCGCAUUCAGACCAAGUGAUGAUGCCACGAUUUAUCAACUUUUUAUCCCGGCCAAUAUGAUGUUCUCUCGAUACUUGGAAUCGUGUAGUAAGAUCAUGGCCGCGAUUGACGGGCAGCAGAAUCUUUCAAAUCACAUGCAUAACUUUGCUAGUAGUAUCCGAGCUGCCAUCACCAAAUAUGGGAUUGUUAAUGAUCCUACGUAUGGAAAGGUUUAUGCAUACGAGGUUGACGGAUUCGGCUCAGCAAACCGUAUGGACGACGCCAAUAUCCCCUCCCUCCUAUCAGCACCAUUUCUAGGGUAUCUCAGCGCAAACGACACGAUAUAUCAAAACACACGAAAAUUCAUCCUCUCAAAAGACAACCCCUACUUCAUGCGUGGCCCCGUCAUCAACGCCGUCGGCGGCCCCCACGUCGGACCCGGACGCGCCUGGCCCAUGGCCAGCAUAAUCCGCAUCCUCACCUCCUCCUCCGACAGCGAGAUAUACAGCACGUUGAAAGAAAUCGUCAGUAGUACCGAUGGCCUAGGGUUAAUUCAUGAAUCGAUCAAUUCGUUUGAUCAGCAUCAAUGGAGUCGACAGUGGUUUAGCUGGGCCAAUGGAUUGUUUGGGCAGAUGCUGCUGGAUUUGAAGGUCAGGAAGCCACAGAUUUUGAGGAAGAGCUUUCAGUAG